AUGAGUAAGAGUGAUGUUCAUGUAGUAAUGCUACCAUGGUCUGCAUUUGGUCACCUAAUUCCAUUUUUCAAUCUCUCCAUAUCCUUAGCCAAAGUAGGAGGAAUUCAUAUCUCAUUCAUAUCAACUCCCAGAAAUAUCAAAAGACUCCCUAAAGUUCCUCCAAACUUAACACACCUUGUAAAACUAGUGGAAUUUCCAAUGCCAACUCUUGACGACAAGAGUCUUUUGCCUGAAGAUGCUGAAGCUACUUCUGAUCUUCCAAAUUAUUUAGAACAACUCCAAUACUUGAAAGCAGCUUAUGAUCUUCUUCAAGAACCAAUCCAACAGUUCAUUGCAGAUAAAAAACCAGAUUGGAUUAUUGUCGAUUUCGCCCAAUAUUGGAUAGUUGAGUUUGCUGAAACUCACGAUAUACCUUUAAUUUACUUUAGUAUUUUUCCUGCUGUUGCAGUAGGUUUCUCAAUUGCUGCAUCAGCUACAGAUAAGUCGGUGCUUGAAAGUUUCACCUCACCAGCGUCCGAGAUACUGCACGUUCCGUUGUCGACUUUGUGUUACCGGAGGUAUGAAGCAUUAGAGAUUAUGUCCUCAUGUUUUGAAGAAGACGCCUCAGGGGUGUCAUAUGCUCAACGUGGAGCUGAUAUAAUAUUUGCAUGUCAAGCCAUGGCUAUACGUGGUUGCCAAGAAUUUGAUGGUGAGUACUUGGAUGCAGUACAUAAAGUCAUAGACAAGCCUGCUAUUCCAGUUGGAUUAUUACCACCCGCUGAAACAUCAAGAAACUGCAGCUUCAAUUACGAAGAUGAUGAUCAGUCAAUAUUAUGGCAGGAGAUGUUCAAAUGGCUCGAUCAACAGAAGUCCAAGACAGUGUUAUUCGUUGGGUUUGGAAGCGAAAUGGAACCGACUAAAGAUCAAGUGCAUGAAAUAGCAUAUGGGCUUGAGCUCUCUGGGCUACCAUUCAUAUGGAUACUACAGAAGAGUAGUUGGAUGAUUAAUUCAGAUCCUUUGCCUACAACUUUUGGGGAGAAAGCGGUGGUGCAUAUUGGAUGGGCCCCACAGAAGGAGAUUUUAGCACAUCCUUGUAUUGGGUUUACUCUAAAUCAUGGAGGAUGGGGUUCAGUUGCAGAAAGUCUGCAACAUGGUCAUGUUCUUGUUCUUCUGCCAUUAAUGUAUGAUCAAGGCCUAAAUUCAAGAAUGUUAGUAGAAAAAGGGCUGGGAGUUGAAGUAGAGAGAAAUGAAGAAGAUGGUUCAUUUACUAGAAAUGAUAUAUCUAACGCAUUGACAUACGCCAUGGUUUCUACAGAAAGUGAAGAGCUUAGGGCAAGAACAACAAAAGCUUCUGCUAUUUUUGGAGAUCGAAAAUUGCAUGAUUCUUACAUUGCUAGCUUUGUUGAGUAUCUAAAAACUGAUAGCAAUAAAUCUGUGCCCUAA